GAAAUAUAAAAGGAAAAAAUGUUCCAUACUUGAAACAGUCAAGCUUGGUGCUUAGCAGAUGCAUUAAGUCAACUUCAGAGCAACACAAAAUUUCGUUCGGUUUACAAUCGCUGAGAUCAGUAACAUCAUCACAGAAAUGGCUAAAACAGAAGGACAGAUCAAACGUAAACGUAAAAGUGCCGGACACACAACAACCUCUCGCGCUUCGGCCGCAAAAAGCAAGGAGCUAAGUAUAUUAUACCAAAAUUACUUGAAAUGGAAAAGUAAUUUCGAAAAGUAUGUGGCGCCGUCCACAUCACGCUCUAUAUCACCAACAACCAACGAUAUGAAUUUGAAAUGUGUAAUUGCUGGUCGGUCGACAACGCAUCGAAAAGAAAUCAGUCUUUUACAUAUAUCUAAACCAUGGGACGGUUGUGAAACCGUAAAACAGGAAUACAUCGAAGAAAGGGACUCAGAUGACCUGCAACACUUCAACGAAAAAAGUGACUCGGAUGAAUCAGAACGCCCCGACGAAGAAAAUGAUUCACACAACUCGGAAGAGCUGUCUAUAGAAGAAAGUGACCCAGAUGAGCCCGAAGAAUCUUUCGAAGAAAUUGAUUCCGAUGACUCGGAGCACUACACAACCGCAUCGGAGAGUGGCGAGUACAGUGUAGAUUGCUUUAAUGCAAAUACAUUUGGCGAUACUUCAUAUGACUGUGAAGACGCACAUUAUGUGACAGCGGACAAUUUUGAAUACAUUAAAAGUCAUGACAGCAACUCAUCCGACGCCAGUGAAGAACCAACAGAUUCCAGAGAAUCAAAGAUCAAUUUAAGCACCUACAGCAUCAUUUGUGACGACGAAAUAACAGUGUUAAGUGAUGUAAGUGCUUCCAAGAUAAUUUUAUCUGCAGAAGAUCAGCUGAGUUCUGAUAGUGAAAAUUGGGUCAACAUAAGCAACGAUCAACACUCCAACGAUAAAUGUGAUUUAAAUCAAUCGGGACACCCCGUCGAAGAAGAAGACAAGUCGGAGCACCCCAUCGAAGAAAAUUACUCGGAUAACAAGCAACACUCCAAAGAAGGAAAUAGCGUCGAUGACUCAAAACACUUCAUCGAAGGAAGCAACUCGGAGCACUCCAUCGAACAAAAUGAUUCUCAUGACUCGGAAGAAUCGUCUAUCGAAGGAAGUGAUUCAGAUGAGGCCGAACAAUCUAUGGAAGAAAAUGAGUCACACGAGUUGGAACAAUCUAUUAAAGAAGAAGAUUCGGAUGACUCACAACACGUCAUCGCAGAAAACGACUCGAAGCACUCCAUCGAAGGAAAUCAUUCACAUGAUUCGGAAGAGACGUCUAUUGAAGGAAGUGAUUCAGAUGAGGCCGAGCAAUCUAUGGAAGAAAAUGAUUCACAUGAUUCGGAACAGUCGUUUAUCGAAGAAGGUGACAUGGAACAGUCUAUUGAAGAAAGUGAUUCUAAUGACUCAGAACAUUCUAUGGAAGAAAAUGAAUCGCAUGAUUCGAAAAAGUCGCCCAUCAAAGAAAGUGACUUGGAACAGUCUAUCGAAGAAAAUGACCCAUAUGAGUCCGAAGUAUCUAUCGAAGAAAUUGAUUCCGAUGACUCGGAGCACUACACAACCGCAUCGGAGAAUGGCGAGUACGGUGUAGAUUGGUUUAAUGCAAAUACAUUUGCCAAUAUAUCAUACGAUUGUAGAGAUGUACAUUAUAUGACAGGGGCCAAUUUUGAAUACAUUAAAAAUCAAGAAAACAACUCAUCAGAUCCCAGUGAAGAAUCAACAGAUCCCAGUCAAUCAAAGCCCAAUUUGAACACCCCACCUGAAGUAACAGUCCGAGGUGACUUAAGUGCUUCGAAGAUAACUUCAUCAGAAGAUCAGCUGAGUUCGGAUAGUGAAGAUGAAACCUCUACCGACUUGGAGGAUAAUUGGGUUAAUAUUAGCAGUGACCGACAGUUGUUUCACUUAACCGACAACUUUUAUGAUUGUGAUAUGGUCUUGAAGAUUUGCUUACUAGACAAGCCCUUGUAUGAGAAAGAUGUUGAGACGCUUUUGAAAAAAUAUACAUUGAAACCUCCCGACAAGUCUUCAGAGGAACAUUCCGAGAAAUCUUUUGAGAAGUCUUCAGAUAAACCUUCCGAAGAAUUUACAGAAAACACCUCCGAGAAGCCGUCAGCGUCUGCCGAAAAUUUUGCAGACGGCACUUCCGAGAACGCUUUAGAUAAAUCUUCUGAAAAGUCUCUAGAUAAACUUUCCGCGAAAUUUACAGAAAACACUCCCGAGAAGACAUCAGUGAAGUCUGCUGAGCAGCCAUCCCAGAAUUAUUCAGAGAAACCUUCAGAAACGCUCUCAGAGAAACCUUCGGAAAAGCUUGCGGAGACACCUUCAGAGGAGGACAGUGACCUUAAUGAAUCUUUCACAGGUUUAGAAAAUCUCUAUAAAAAAUCAGUAAAACAUUUAUAUUUCUUGUAAAGUCCUUAUUUGUUAAACAA